CACACACUGGUAGUCUGUGUUUUGGUUAUUAUUCCUCCAUUUUUCCCGAAAAACGUGUAAAUAAAGUAAUCUAAAAGUAAACAAAUCAAAAUGCCAACGGAAAUCGAGAAUAUAAACCCCAAUGUCUACGACAAGAUCAAGGAAAGAGUGCUGACGGCCAACGAUGAGGACGAAAAUGUAUCCGAUCCCUUUGAUAAGCGUGAGAUUUUUGAUCUCAUUAGGAACAUCAACGACCCGGAGCACCCGUUGACCUUGGAGGAGCUGCAUGUGGUGCAGGAGGAUCUGAUCCGGAUAAGCGAUGGCCAGAACUCGGUGCACAUCAGUUUCACCCCGACGAUUCCCCACUGUUCGAUGGCCACUUUGAUUGGCCUUUCCAUUCGGGUGAAGUUGCUCCGCUCGCUGCCGCCCCGCUUCAAGGUCACCGUGGAGAUAACACCCGGAACCCACGCCUCCGAGCAGGCGGUGAACAAGCAGUUGGCGGACAAGGAACGAGUGGCAGCCGCCUUGGAGAACAAACACCUCGCCGAGGUGAUCAACCAGUGCAUCUCCGCCAGGGGCUAAAUACUUGAUUUUAUCCUUCUUAUAAAUAUGUAUACACAUGUGCUGUUGGUUUAGUAAUAAUAAUAAUGAUUUAAUAGAAGACUUUUAUGUAUCUACAU